GAUUUCAUUAGGUAUACGGAUAUAAUGUCUGUCGUGGGACACCUCUCUUCUUGUUGCAGCCAUUGUGGGACUCAGCUAGGUCCUCUUUGCAUGCUUCGUCGGCAGCUAUUGAGGCCAUCAUUUCCUCGUAUUGCAAACUCCAUUGCUGGCCGUUUCUAUUCUAAGUGUUCGGCCUCAACAACCACCAGUGGCUCUGAGCCUCCAUUUAUAUACUUUAGUAGCCCUAUCAUUCAAUCUUGGAAUGGGUGGGGAUUCAUGAAUCCAGAAACGAGCACAGUUUUGGCUACGAAAAGAAAGAGAAGUGCCACUCCCACUUUGACCACACCCCGAUCUGUAAAACAUUACAAAACGAAGAAUGUAUAUUUAAUGGAAAAUUUAAAGCUUGAUUCAUCAAAAAAAGACCGCAAGGUUCUCAAAGUGACUGACAAUCGGGCGGACAUUGGACAAUUAUCUUACAUACUAUUUAAACUAAGAGAAGAGUUGCCCCAGUUUUUAUCAAGCGAUCACAGUUAUAGACUUCUCUACGACAGCAAUGUUUUAUUUGAAAAUAACUUCAUAAGAUUUAACCUAUCGGUGAGAGGUCUCACCAACUACAGAUUAUGCUUAGGAUCAUUAAAAUGGCUAACCUGUUGCUUGUACAGUAAUGCUACCCUGGAACUUUUGAAGAUAACGAAAAACCCCGAAGAGAGCAAGAUAGAAGCACGAUGGAGAAUAAAGGGAGUGCCACGAGGUUUCUCACAGGACUCGAAGAUAUUGCUGGAUGCAUUUUCAACUUUCAAAGUAAACAAGACAGGUCAAAUACACGUGCACACUAUUGACAGGGUAAUGCCACUGCCUAAGAACAAGACAGCAGUUCAGUCCUUCUUAGCUUAUCUAAGGAGUCUGAUAUUAAAACCAGCUCUACACAAUACGACCACAUCAAACACUCCCACCUAAUCCUCUUGGCACUUGUGUGUUUUUUUGUUAAUUUCAACAACAUCAUUUAUUAUUUUGAUAAAUUAUUUGAUACAUUAUUCACAUUAA